GGCCAACGAAGACGGCAUCUUCGUUGUUCGAAACGGGGGAACGCGAUCAAUCCUCCCUCGUCCUUCGUCCGUCUUUACAUAAAAUUUCGCCCAUCUCCGCUGGCCAACGGGGCAGCUGCAGAAGAAUCAGAAUUAUCGUCACCGGCCGUUGAUCUUCGGAUUUGUGACAGAUUGGCACGGAACUUCGUCGGCGUGAAGUGCGAUGAUGGAGGCGGAUUUUGUUACCAGCGGGAUGUUUCAAGAAGAGACCGUCCAAAUCGAAGACCAUAAUGAGAAUUCUCUUUUGGAAGGUGAAAAAUGUGGGAUAUGCAUGGAUUUUGUCAUCGACAGGGGGGUUGUUGAUUGCUGCCAGCACUGGUUUUGUUUUGGCUGCAUUGACAAUUGGGCUUCGAUCACAAACCUGUGUCCUCUUUGCCAGAAGGAGUUUCAAUUGAUCACAUGUGUUCCGGUGUAUGAUACCCUUGGAAAUAACAAGGUUGAUGAGGACACAUUUUCCAACAGAGAUGACGAUUGGUCUAUUGAAGGAAAUAGCAGCACCUUAUCUUUUCCUUCCUAUUAUAUUGAUGAAAAUGCAGUUACCUGCUUGGAUGGGGAUGGUUGCAAAAUCCGAAGUGGAUCCAUGAGUAUUGAGGAAGAUCCUAAUCUUGAUACAUCUAUUGCAUGUGAUUCUUGUGACAAUUGUUUCUUGUUGUGCUUGGGGACAGGUAUCAUGCUUUCUGUGUCGGGUUUGAUGUGGAUGGUACAUGUGAGGAUACAUGGUUAUGUCCAAGAUGUACUACUGCUGAUGAAUUGCCGCAUAAAUCAGAUGCAACUUCAGCUCCUAUGCCAAAUGAUCAACGUAUGGAAACUUUAGAUACUAGCAGUUUGACUGAUACUGGCUUCUCUAGAAAGUUGUCGGUUGACCCUGGAGAGACGGCUAUUGUCAUCUCUAUGGUUGGAGGAAAUAAAUGGACUGAAUUGCCUGGUGAGGAGUAUAGCCCGAUCCGAGAAGUUGGCCUGGAGUAUAGCCCAAUCCGAGAAGUUGGUGUGCAGUUCAACGUUAAUGGAGUUCAUUCUGAGGCUCAUCUUAGGGAAGAAAAAAUAACUAGCGAGAAUGAUGGGAUUAAAUCAGUCUUGGAAGCUCCAGAACCUGUGCUCUCCUUAUCAAGUGAUAUGUCAACACCUGGUCACUUGAAGACAGGUCAGGCUGAAGCUGCUGCUAAUUCAGACGAUGAUCCGAUUUCAGGGACAAAGUUUUUCAAUGAGUCUACUGUUGGUUGUCAUCUUAGUUUCUCUUUAGAAAACUCAUCUGUUGGCAUCUCUAAUAGUGGAACUGUAGAUCAAGUGAGUUCAACUAUAGGGAAGCAAACUGUUCCCGGAGAUACUUCAUUAAGAGAUGAGAAGGUUGUACCAAAUGCUGCUGUGGAGGCUGCCAAAAGCAUUGGCGUAAAGAGAAAGCAGAUAAAGUACAGUGAUGAUGUUUCCCAGAGUAUUAUCAAUAGUGUAGAUCCAAAUGAUGAGAGUGCUGGUGCAAUCCCUCUGAAGAAAUUUAGAGGCAAGGGGAAGUCUCAAAAGACCCAGCACUCCAGGGAGCUGCCUGAAGCAUCUUCUUCUGAUGAUUUGGAUAAGGGUUCUACUGAAGUUGCGGUUACCAAGGAUAAGAAGUCCAUGAAGCGUAAAGGACAGGGCCAAGCUGAUACACCUGAUAUAAUGAGCAUUGUUCAAGGGACGGGCCAUGCCUCAAAAGAUCAUUCAGCUGCUGGCUUGAGAAUGAAAAAGAUCAUGAGGACGAAUGCAAAGGAAGAUAAGGACUCAUCUGUGAUAGUUCAAAAGCUCAGAGAAGAAAUCAAAGAAGCCGUGCGCAAUGGAUCUGCUGUUAAUAUGGGAGAGAAAAAUUUGGAUCCUAAGCUUCUGGCUGCCUUCCGGGCUGUUAUAACAGGACCCACAACUGAACCAGUAGUGAAGAAGUUAGCACCUUCUGCCUUGAAGGUGAAGAAGUCCUUGUUACAGAAGGGUAAAGUCCGUGAAAGUCUGACAAAGAAAAUAUAUGCGGACUCUAAUGGAAGGAGAAGACGUGCCUGGGACAGAGACUGCGAGGUUGAAUUUUGGAAGUAUCGAUGCAUGAGGGCCACAAAACCAGAGAAGGUUGCAACCCUAAAGUCGGUUUUGAACCUUCUCAGAAAGACUCCUGGAGGAGAAGUCGUUGAGGAAGCUUGCAAGAAUAAGGCAGAAAGUCCAAUACUAUCCAGAUUGUAUUUAGCAGAUACGUCUGUCUUUCCUAGAAAGAAUGACAUCAAACCUCUAUCUGCUCAUGGAGGAGGCACCAGUGAUUCUGAAAAGGGCCGAACAGAGAAUAACAGUUCAGUUCCAAAUGGUUUGAAACCAUCUCCUACUAAUAAAGUUCCAUCAAAGUAUGUGCCUUUGCCUCAAGGGUUGAAGAAUAAUAAUGUUGAUCAUUCAAAGAAUAGUCUGGUAGCCCCAUCAGAUGGUUCUAGAAUCAAGCCUAAGAAGGAAACGUGCGUUAAAGUGGACGAUAAGAAGCUUGAUAAACGAAAAUGGGCCCUGGAGGUGCUUGCUAGAAAAAAGGCUGCUUCAGCUAGUAGUAGAAAGGAAGAAGAAGAAGACGACAAAGUUAUGCUUAAAGGGAACUAUCAAUUGCUCGGUCAACUUCCGAAGGAUAUGAGACCAGCAUUGGCCACCAUUGAGAAAAGUAAGAUUCCCGAUUCAAUAAGGCAGGUAAGCAAUGGCAUCUCUCUCAGAUUUACCUGUUAUUACUGGUGUAGCCUGCUAUAUCUCGUCUGUGUGUCCUAAUGUAUAACUGGCCUUUUAGUUUGUCCCAUAUCAAAUCGAUAAGUUCCUUUCCUUGCAAAUUAGUACAAAACCUUGAAUCUUGUAAUAUCUAGCCUACAUCUUUUUAGAAUAUGAAAAAAUAUCAUGGAUCAUUGGAUAAUGUAUAUUCUCUGUCAUGCUGUCAAACGUGUUUCUUGGUGAACCCCAGUUAACUGAAAUCAUGGCCACGACCUGCACUUCACAGAAAUAUUUUUCCAGACUAUCGAAUCCUCGAUGGUCGACCUGAGCUCUCAUUGUUUAUUGCUAUUGGUUCACUCUGUUUUAUUUUAUACAGACGCAGCUGUACCGUCUUACAGAAUUCUUCCUGAAGAAACUAAACCUCCCAGAGAUUUGCAAAACAGCAGAAACAGAGUUGGCUGUAGCAGAUGCCAUUAACAUCGAGAAGGAGGUUGCUCAAAAAUCUACUACCAAAAUGGUAUACGUGAACCUCUGCUCUCAGCAAAUGUUGCACCGUUCUUCUGAUAAUAAUGUCAAGGCCGCUCAAGCUUCAGAAUCAGAUACAUCAGCUGUUCUCACGGAUCAGCAGCAUUCCAGCAACGAGCUCCCAACCGACCCUGCAAUUACAGAAGCACUGAGAAAGGCAGGCCUUUUAUCAGAUUCUCCUCCAGCAAGCCCACUUCGUAACUCAGAGUCUCCUAUUGAAGAAGAGCCCGAUAACAUACUGGAAAUAGAUACUGUUCCAGAAGCGGAUAUUUAUGGUGAUUUUGAGUAUGAUUUGGAUGAUGAAGACUUCAUUGGAGCGACUACUUCUAUGUCUGUUGUCCCCACCAAGACAGUGCAGGAAGAAGCAGAGGCGAAGAUGAAAGUGGUCUUCUCAACACUUAAAUUGGAAGAGCCAAACAAUUCUCAAGAUAGCCCAACCGUAGUGAAUGGCAAUAAUAACGAUUCUCAUGUUCCUCCUCCUGAAAGCUUACCCGGUGAAGAAGGCAACGAAGAACCUUCCCUUGCAGAAUGUGAAGAACUGUAUGGCCCGGAAAAAGAACCGAUGAUGAGCAGAUUCCAGCUUGAUGCUCCAAUCGAGAACAAACCAAGCCUAUUGGAUAACACAACUUCUGCCUCCAAUGCACAACAAAUUCCUGAUGAGAUAAAUCCCUCCAACGAUUCCCGCUCAACCGAAGAAGCAUCGAAGAAGGAUAUGCAAUCUGACUCAGAUCCCAAAAGGCAGUCGGAAAUUGUCAGUUCUGUGUCAAAGAAGGUUGAAGCUUACAUCAAGGAGCACAUUCGGCCACUGUGCAAGAGCGGCGUGAUAAGCGUGGAACAGUACAGGUGGGCUGUAGCGAAAACCACCGACAAAGUGAUGAAGUACCAUUCCAGUUCGAAGAACGCGAGUUUCCUGAUCAAGGAAGGAGAGAAAGUGAAGAAACUUGCUGAGCAAUACGCCGAGGCAGCUCAAGCUCAGCAGAAGGAUUCAUCGUGACCCCAUUCCUGCCCAAAAAAAGAGUAUGUUAGUGAUCGAGUAUGUCUCUGCCGAUUCUCGAGUGGCAACUGCCCAAAACACGAUCGACUGUCCCACUGCUCUGUAGUAGUGAAUGUAACAUCUAUAUAGGAAUGAAUCCGUUGUAGAUUGUACUUUCGAGGCAAAGAUCAAACAUGCAGGUUUUUGUCUCGAUGCAUUGCUGAGGUCCACACUGUUCCAAGCGACAGAAUGUGUA